AUGGCUGCUAUUGCACAGCUGUUUGCCGGCAUAACAAAAGCCAACCUUGUGGAAUAUUCGUGAACAAUUUGUGUGUGAAAAUUGAAAUGACUAAACAACGCAAUGGAAGAUAGCAAUGAAGAGAUUGAACCCUGUCGCAGCAUUGGGCCGCAUGAGCUGGAAGCUGUGAAAAGCCAAGCCAUCAUCAAACUUUCGCCCGUUCAAGUGCCUGCGCACUUUAAGCGCUUAGAAUGCAACACAAAUCUCAAUCUACCGCCUCUCAACUGGCUGACUACCUCGCACAGCAGCCAUGGACUGCAUCAGGCGUUGUAUCAAAGCGGCGGCUUCGCCAGCUUCCGUCUGGGGCAAAUGUUUCCCGAUUGUGUGGGCGAGGUGGACGUUGUCUCGGAUGCCGAGAAUAUCAAACAGCUACUAAAACUGCCAUACAGUGCUAAGAGCGCCAUCAGCAUGGUUGUGCAUAAGGUCGGCAACACGUUGUUGCUGGACGAGUUCGAUAUACAGAAGUAUUUGCUGCGCAAGUCGGACGAUGAUUGGAAAUGGUUGCGCAGCUUCAUACUCGAGCACAUUCUGGCCUACGGCGAUGAGCAGCACAAUUUUUGUAUUAAGGAGCGUUCCCGUGAGGCGCUGCAGACAAAGAACUUGCUCUCGAAGUUUCUGUACCACAGCCUGAAGCCAAGUAGCGAUACGGACUACGAUGCCAAUGAACCUCCAUUGCUAACCAGCAGGCGAGCAAGUCUGCCCAUUAUUGGACCUGUGCUGCCGGAACCGAAGAUCGAAGAGAAUGUGCCUGAUCCCAAAUCAAGCCAUGCCUUCAACCGCAAUGUUGUGUGGACGUUCGAGGAUAUUCGCAUGCUGAUUGGCACUGAUAUGCCCAUCUUUGGUGGUCCGAACAGGCCCUGCAUUAGUCUACGACUACGUGAUGCUGCACAGCCUAUCAAUGUCCUAACUGGCAUCGACUACUGGCUGGACAAUCUAAUGUGCAAUGUGCCGGAGGUAGUGAUGUGCUACCAUUUGGACGGCAUUGUGCAGAAAUACGAGAUCAUUAAGACUGAGGAUCUGCCCUAUCUGGAGAACUCGCAGUUUUCACCACAGGUGGUGCGCAAUGUGGCUCAAAAUAUUUUAGCAUUUCUGAAAGCGAAUGCGACCAAGGCGGGUCACACCUAUUGGUUGUUCAAGGGUCGCAACGAUGAUGUGGUUAAGCUCUACGAUUUGACCACCCUAUAUCAGAAUCAAAAUAAAGCAGCGGAGGAACCGGAGCAUCCACAGCAACAGAAGGAAAAGGAAAUGAAUCCGUUUACGGUGCCUGUGGGCAUGUUGCUCUACUCUGUGGCACGCAACAUGAAGAACACGCUGGAACACAUAACACCGAAGACAGCGGGCAAUAUACGCGCAUUGCUGGACAACUGCAUCAAGCUGUUGCCGAAGGAGCAGUAUCCACAGAUUGUCAGCUCAUCCCAUUAUAUACUCUCUGAUUUGCAUGUUCCCGCUGGAAUUGACCCGAAGGCUCCCAAAUUCAAUGAAUCGCCAACGCUGUUUAAUGACGACGAGGACGAGAUUGAUGAUGAAGAUGAGGAGGAGGAAGACAACUACAAUGACGAUCCCUUAAAUAACUUUGGGAGCGACAAGUACUACCAGAGUGCGGCAGAAAGUGGUGGCAAAGCGAAUGUAGCAGUGCGUCACAUCUGCGAUGCUUUGCGAGACUUCAAAUCGCAUGCCAAGCAACCCAAGCCGGCGCCUCUGAUCGCCAGCACGGUCGAUCGCUGCAAAAUAUCGCUGCAGCACAUCAGUGCGGGUCUCUCUUGCCUGCAGUACUUCAAUGGCAACCAGGAGGAGAAGCUGAAGGAGUCGGAAAUGCACGCCAAGCAGGAGGAGAAGCAGCGCAUACUACACGAAGAGCAGAAUCCCAACAUGGCGAAGCCCUUCAAUGCUAUACCACUGCCCUACGAGCAGCUAAAGAUUGCUCAGCCGCAGUCCCAGGCGCAGGCACAGCAGUCGAAGAAACGUUCCACCAAGACAAAGACUAAACGCAGCAAAUCCAAAGAGUUGACCAGCAACAACAACAACAACAACACCAAGCCGGCAACCGUGGCUACUCAGAAACUCAGUGCCAAGUUUAAUACUCAAAACUUUGGCUCGUGGAAUGUGCAUCUGAAGCUGCUGCUGCUGGAGAAGGCCUGCCUGACGUAUGCCACUCUAGCGGAGUACUACUACGAGGCCCAGGUCUAUGGCAGCACGCUGCGAGCCAUCGAGCUGGCCUGCCGCUGCCAGCAGGUGCUCAACAAGUACAUGGCCAACGUGGUCAGCCAGCAGAGCUGUCUGCUGGGACGCGCCGGGGAUUGUUUCUUUCAAAUGUCGAAGCACUGGAGCGCCAUCGAUCAGUAUGUGCAGCAAUAUGAGCAGCUGGAUGAGCAUUCGAGCUUGAUUAACGCUGAGCUGACACAGGAACUGGAGGAUGCAGAUCUGCUCACGCUAGUGCCCGUUAAGAAUGUCGAGCAGGUGAUGCUGCACAGCUGCAAAUGCUACGAAGAUGCACUGGAGCAUGCGCAGACCGAUGAGAGCAACGAGCUGCUGCGUCGCCUGGGCAAUGUGCGCAACGAACUGGGUCUCAAGUAUAUGUAUUCCGCUCAAGAGGAGUACAGCCAAAUGAAGCGCAAGAAAGAAGAAGCCGCCAAUGGCUCUUCAGAGCAAUCGAAAGCUGAAUUAGAUAAUGCAACUGAAACGCUAGCCUCUGCAGCAGAGCCUCUAUAUGUGAAACUGACAAUCAAUUCAUAUGACUGCCUGCGCCGUGGCAUCGCAGCCUUUACAGCGGUGAAGGAUAACGUCAAUCUUGCAUUCCUCUACUGCAACAUGGGCAGAUUCAUGCGGCUGCGUGCUCAUUUGACUAUGCCAAAUGAGAGCACCAUUGGCCUGGACAUACAGAAAACAUUUUAUAACGAAGCCUUUGACUACUAUGAGAAGGCUAAGGAUUGCCUGGAUACUAGAAAAGCCAAUCCCGAACUGUGGGAUCUUGUGCAGUGGGAGCUGUCGACAGCCACGUUUACGUUGGCCAAGCAGCUACAGGAUUACAGCGCCGCCGAUAAGAGCAGCCUGGCCGAGGCGUCCAAGGAGGUGUUGGACCUGCUGCAGAAAUCUCUAAAGCUGUGCGAUGUGGAACACGCAGGCGCACGCCAAGUGCUCUAUAGCUUUCGCUCUGGCCUUAUACACAAACGCAUUGCAUCCUUCCACUAUGCGCAGCUGCGUAGCUAUAGCGUUUCAGAUGCAUCUCAGCUGCCCAAAGCGACGCUGCAGCUAUGCAAAUACCACUAUGAGAAGGCGACGCACAUCUUGGAAAGCCUGAAGGAGGUGCGCGAUUUGCUGGUGGUGCAACUGGAGCGCAUAUCGUUGCACGAGUUUCUAUCGGAUGUUUCCAGUCAUGCAGCGCAGAAGGUGAAGCAUAUGCAAGCGGCUUUAGACAUUUGUUUCCAGUGCCAGCUCAUUUUCGGGCACGUCAUCGAUAGCAACAGCAGCGUGAACGUCGACGACGAUGACGAGUUCAAAGCACAUUUGACGCUCUAUGAGAGCCGAUUGCAGAAUGCAUUAAAAACGCUCAUCAAACUGCUGUUAACCACCGGCAAGGAUCCAAAACAGCUGUCGGCUUUGUACAAGCGCAUGUAUAUGGAAACCUUGACUGGGAAACAUGGCAUAGGCGCACAGCAAUCGACAGCAGAGUCUGUCACGCGUUCACACCAUUUGCACACGCUGCUUACCCGGCUGAAAGCCAUGUGCGGCGCUCAGCUUGCUAGCAACUAGUCGACUAGCUAGCUGGUCAGUACGUGUUGUCUACGAGUUUAUGAAAACAGUUCAAAUUUUGUAUAUAUGCAUCGACAUCGACAUCGACCUGCCCUGUUUAUUGAUGUGUGCUGCUAUAUUCGUCUCAAUUACACUGCAGCUCAGCUAACCAAAGCUUAGCCCCGC